AUGAUAUUAUCGGAGUUGAUCCUCAAGCGAAUGCCGAUGGAUGCGCUUGCAUGGCUCGCUCCAAAUGUUUUGGAGGACGUCAACGAAGAAGGCGACUGUCGUUUCGAUGAUCUGGCGGGCUUUGAUUUCUGUCAGACGUUUCUCAAUCGUCACUACAAACGCGAUUCAAUUCUCGAGCUCGUCGGGAAAGAAUUUGAAGCAGAGAAAAAGUCAAAGCCGGAUCGGCUCUCUGAUGUGAUGAAGAUUGUACAGAAGCGCCAUGACUUGAAGUACAACAAGAAAAAGCUCGAGCCAAAGGCGACGAUUGAGUUCAAACGUUCGAAAUUAGACGUCAGAUUCUCAUCAUCAUAUCUUUUUACUGGCCAAUAUUUCAAGCCACAAGGAUUGGACUUACGAGCAGCUCGAGGCAAUCUUCUCCUGUUCAAAAUCAAUCGAAAUAAUGAAGAAUGCUUGCCGAAGUUGGACCUUGUUGACUAUCGCCCAGGAGAUGAGCAUCACUUUCCCAGGAGGAGACCAUUCACGCCGCUUUAUCGCUCCGCUUUCAAUCCUUGCACUGAUGGUGUUUUCCUCGAUGACGUUGUUCUUGGAAAACCACACCAAGAAAGAUUGUUUAGGGUGUCUAGCGUUACGACCGAUGUUCUGAAAGAUAGACGCGUCAUGUCGGAUAACAUGGGAGGUCUAGAUGGUAGAUUCAAACGUAUGGAAUUUAACUUCUCUCGGCAGCGGGCUUGGAGAGAUUAUGUCUCAAAUCCGGAAGAGAGUCUACAUCCGAUGAUCCGGUGUAAUCGAACGGGUCCAGUGCGAGCUAACUCCCCGGAAGCAAUAGAAAUGGAAAGACAAGCAGAAGAAGAAGAGAAAAAUCCGUUCCAAAAAACGGUCAUUGAUUUCUAUCGGUUCUCCGGCGACAACGAAGAGGUUGCUUGGAGCUUCGAUUUCACCCUACCAAAAGAUAAACAAUACUACGAGUUUAAUAUGGAAGCAAGAUUUAUUGAUCAAUGUCAUUGGUUGAUUACUGCAAGAUCGUCGCUGAAGAGAUCGCUCGUUGAAGAGGACGACGAUGAUGAAGAUGAAGAAAACGACGAAGAUUCACCGGAUUUUUCUCAACCGCCUAAUUUAGUCUAUCACUGUGAUUUGAAAUCAAAAGAAGCCACCCUUUAUUCGUUCCCUGAGGACGAAGAUUUAUUCAACGAAGAUUUAUUCAACAGAAAUUUCGGAGUCUUCAAGGAAAAAAGCAGAAAAAGACGCCUCGAUACAGAAGAAUCUGAUGAUCCCCUAAAUAAUGAUCUGUGCUUCUUUGAAUAUCCGAAGCUCAAAGAUCUCAAGUUUACACCCGAGCUCAUCCGUCAUGUCGGUGAGCCGUAUGAAGGAACUGUCGAGAUCUAUACUUUCACCAUCGACAACAUCAAAGAAAAGAUUUUAUCAUCUGAAAAACGAUCGAAAAUCAACAAAGAUGGCACUCAAGAAAAAACAUUGCCAGUAGUAUGCCUAGAGGACUUCCGCAUUCCAAAAUACCAAGAUUCGCGCGAAAAUCUACUUCCUUGGCAAUCCGAUAUUGGAUACGUCGAAGGCAAGAAGUUUCAUCUUCUUGUCUGA